AACUUUUAAGCGUCAAUGCAUGGAAGAUUGAUUAUUUCAGCGCGGUUACUCUACAGAAAUGACCUUGUUGGGACAAACCCUGCGUUUGGGGUUUUCGCGGCUGCCGGUUGUCUUUUGGAGGUGCAGGAGAUAUUCCUCUGCUCAAACUGGGGCCGUGGAGCGAGUCAUCGCGUCGUUUCGCGCUGUCACCGGAGAUGAAGGCGUCUCUGUGGGGUUAGCGGUGAGAGAACAGCACGGGAGAGACGAGUCUGUGCACAGAUGUCGACCGCCAGAUGUGGUGGUGUUUCCCCGAUCCGUGGAGGAGGUCAGCGGUCUUGCCAAAAUUUGUCACCACCAUCGAUUACCCAUCAUCCCCUUUGGCACCGGAACGGGCUUGGAGGGAGGAGUCGGUGCUUUGAAGGGCGGUGUGUGUUUCAGCCUAAGGAAGAUGGACCAGGUGCUUGAUCUUCACCAGGAGGACUCUGAUGUAACCGUGGAGCCAGGCGUGACGCGCAAAGCCUUGAAUGCGUAUCUGCGAGACACUGGCCUCUGGUUCCCUGUCGAUCCAGGUGCCGACGCGUCUCUCUGCGGCAUGGCUGCAACAAGUGCGUCUGGCACCAACGCGGUCCGUUACGGUACAAUGCGUGAAAAUGUGAUGAACCUGGAGGUGGUGCUGGCGGAUGGGACGGUCCUGCACACAGCUGGAAAGGGGCGUCGUCCAAGAAAGACGUCAGCUGGUUAUAACAUAACAAACCUGUUUGUGGGAUCAGAGGGAACUUUGGGUAUUAUAACAAAAGCCACGCUACGGCUCUACGGUAUUCCGGAGAGUAUGGUGUCAGCUGUUUGCUCUUUUCCAUCCGUCCAGUCGGCGGUGGACAGCACCGUACAGAUCUUGCAGGCUGGAGUGCCCAUUGCCCGCAUAGAGUUUUUGGACGACGUGAUGAUAAACGCCUGCAAUCGCUUCAACAACCUGUCCUACGCUGUAGCACCCACUCUCUUCCUGGAGUUCCACGGAAGUUCAAAGAGCAUGGAGGAGCAGGUGUCUGUCACAGAGGAGAUCACUCGGGAAAACGGGGGCUCUGACUUCGCCUGGGCAGAGGAUGAGGAGACUCGUGGGCGACUGUGGAAGGCCCGUCAUGACGCGUGGUACGCCGCCCAGGCCCUGAGGCCAGGCUGCAAGGCAUACUCUACAGACGUGUGUGUGCCUAUUUCUCUUUUACCUCAGAUUAUAGUUGAAACAAAAGAAGAUCUUAUCCGUAACAGUCUUACAGGUCCGAUUGCAGGACAUGUGGGUGAUGGGAACUUCCACUGUCUAAUGGUCCUGGAUCCCAACGACCCGGAUGAGGUGCAAAGGGUUCAUGCCUUCACAGAGAGACUGGCCAGGAGGGCAUUAGAAAUGGAUGGAACUUGUACUGGAGAACAUGGAGUGGGACUAGGGAAGCGAGACCUGCUCAGGGAAGAAGUCGGACCCCUGACUAUAGAGGUCAUGCAGGGUAUCAAGGCCACCUUGGACCCCAAGAACCUCAUGAAUCCUGGGAAGGUGUUAUAAUAGAACACAAAAGGCUAGCGGAACAGAGCAGAUACACUACACUUUCUGCCCAGUAGAGGACAGGAGAAUGCAGGUUUCUAUUGUGGUAAAGAUUUAGGAGAUUUAAUUUUUAAGCUAGCAACUGUGAUAUAUAGUCACAAAUCGGCACAUGGAAAAUCUUUUUUUUCUUUUCUUCAGUAUUGAACGAGUUUUAAACGGUUAUUUUCUAAAACAAUGAUUCUGUUUUAGUUGUCCUCCUAAUGCUUUUUAUCCCUUUAUUUUUUCUUAACCUGUCGGAGCCCUUUUUGAGCCUACAUAUGAAAACACAUGUUGGAACUAAAAUGGCGGUAACUCAUGAAUUCAUUGGAAUACAGACUUGCGGUUGGUCUCGUUUGAAAAAAAAAGUAGCUGUUUAUUGUAAAAAGUUUAUGUUUUCUUUUAUUAAAAAAUACAUUUAAAAGAUACGGGUCGAAAAAGGAUAACAAAAAAUCUAAGAACACUCUUUAUAAAAAAGGAAUCAGUUACUCUCUAAAUAAAUUAUUUUAAAACACACCAAAGAAAUCUGUAUUCUAGAGUCUUAGACCUUUCCAAUGAUAUAUAGUUUGUCAUGAUUUGACUAGAAAUUACAUGCACAAUAUUGACGCAAAUUUAGGUGUCCCGUAUACGGAACGGGUGACAGUUAACAGGCUACAGGAUAAUAAUGUUUUCCUUUUUCUUCGAGUUUCUAAUAGAAUUUGAGUUCCAUUUUAAAACGUAAAUUAUUGUUAUAUCAUUGUGCCUUUUGUUUAGUCAGGUCACUGUACCUUCUAAAUGUAUAUGAACAUAUUUCUAUGAAUGUAUGUGCUGCAUAGAAACAAAAUCUUGAUAAGCUUAAUGUAAUUCAAAUGAAGGAAUAUACACAUUCAUUAAAUCUGCUUUUGUUCUUUUGAAAAGACAGCUUUUAAAUUCAUCUUUUACAAAAAUUGUUAAUGUAAAUAAAUGAAUGUAAAUGGUGAUGUUAAUGAACGCCAAUUGUUGUUUUCGCAGUGGACCGAUGAAUAAAAUCAAGAAACAUCUGGA